AUGGCAACAUUAAUUCGAAGCAAGAUUUCCAAUAAGCUGUCGAAUGCAGCCACCGCUGUGUCCAAUAAAUCGCAGGCGAAGGUGAGUGGCAUGUUCGCCAGAAUGGGCUUUCAGGCCGCUACCGACGAGGAAGCUUUGGGUUUCGCAGCCUGCGAUGACUUGGAUUAUGACCACAGGCAAGGACUGCAGAUGGACAUUCUUAAAAACGAAGAGAUGGGGGGCGACGCCGCUGGAGAAAUGGGUGGAGACGGGACGAUGGAGGGGGACAGCCGCUACCAGCGAGACGGCACGGGUCCCCCGCCCUCAGCUUCGAAAGACGGUGGGGUUUGCGACGAACUGGGCGGUCAAGACAAACCAAAAAUCACAGCUUGGGAAGCAGGCUGGAACGUCACCAAUGCUAUCCAGGGGAUGUUCGUUCUUGGGUUACCGUAUGCCAUUCUUCACGGUGGAUAUCUUGGACUGUUUCUCAUCAUCUUUGCCGCAGUGGUGUGUUGCUAUACGGGAAAAAUCUUAAUUGCUUGCCUGUAUGAAGAAAAUGAAGACGGGGAGCUUGUGAGAGUGAGAGACUCGUAUGUGGACAUUGCUAAUGCUUGCUGCGCGCCAAGAUUUCCCUCACUAGGAGGCCAUAUUGUGAAUGUAGCCCAGAUUAUUGAGCUAGUGAUGACCUGUAUUCUGUACGUCGUGGUGAGUGGCAAUCUCAUGUACAACAGUUUUCCAAACCUACCGGUAUCUCAGAGGUCGUGGGCCAUCAUUGCCACCGCUAUACUUUUGCCCUGCGCCUUCCUCAAGAACCUGAAGGCUGUCUCUAAAUUCAGCUUGCUCUGCACCCUUGCUCACUUCGUCAUCAACGUUCUCGUGAUAGCAUACUGUCUCUCUCGGGCGCGUGACUGGGCGUGGGACAAAGUCAAGUUCUACAUCGACGUCAAGAAGUUCCCCAUUUCCAUUGGCAUCAUUGUUUUCAGCUAUACGUCUCAAAUUUUCCUGCCGUCCCUGGAAGGGAACAUGCAAAAACCCAGCGAAUUUCACUGCAUGAUGAACUGGACUCACAUUGCUGCCUGCAUCCUCAAAGGCCUGUUCGCGUUGGUGGCUUACCUAACCUGGGCAGAUGAAACUAAGGAAGUAAUCACAGACAAUUUACCGCCCAGCAUCAGGGCUGUCGUCAACAUUUUCCUCGUGGCCAAGGCCCUCCUGUCUUAUCCUUUGCCAUUCUUCGCUGCUGUGGAGGUGCUGGAGAAGACUUUUUUCCAAGAUGGGGGACGUGCAAUAUUCCCAGAUUGUUAUGGCGGCGACGGCCGCCUGAAAUCGUGGGGGCUGUCCCUCCGCUGUGGCCUUGUGGUAUUCACCAUGCUUAUGGCCAUCUACGUGCCCCACUUUGCCCUGCUCAUGGGCUUAACGGGCAGCCUCACGGGCGCCGGCUUAUGCUUUCUGCUCCCCAGCCUCUUUCAUCUCAAACUUCUUUGGAGAAAGCUGCUAUGGCACCAGGUGUUUUUUGAUGUCGCUAUAUUUGUGAUUGGGGGUAUAUGCAGUAUUUCCGGCUUCAUUCACUCAAUGGAGGGCCUCAUAGAAGCAUACAAAUACAACAUACAGGAAUAG